CACUAAUCGUUAAUUAAUCUACCUAACCUAAGGUACUCGGAUUGGAUUCCACUCAUCAAAUUCCAACGUCGGAUCCGCGGACCACUUCAAAGCUACUAGCCCAACUUACGUCGCGACAUUCUAUUUAACCAAUUGACUAUCUGCGCGUCUGACGUAUUUCAAGAUGGGUCUCUUGAGCGGCUCGUCCGACGCUCCUCCAAAAGCUACACGGGAGGAGAUGCGAGACGCCAAACUUCCCCUAGCCUACCGAGAUAGCUGCGCGAACCUCCUCAUUCCCCUCAACAGAUGUCGCGUCGACACAUACUACCUCCCGUGGAAGUGUAGCGAUGAGCGACAUAGCUACGAGAAAUGCCAGUACGACGAGUUCAAGAAGCGCGUAGCGAGGAUGGACGAGCUGAGGGAGGCCAAGGGCGGGGCACGAAGCAAUUGAAACCGGCCUGCAUUUUCAUGUAGGUAGGUAGAAAGGGAACAAAUGGACUUGUACAUAUCCUAAAACCCCUCUACUAGUUCUAAGAGGUAUAUUCGUCAUUUACCGAAGAGCUACUAUCUUUAAGUUGUGCUUCGGAACCUCUCCGCGUUUCGCUCGUUACUUAGUAAUGACACCAAACGCCCGAAAUGCCCUUUUGUAAUAAUGGGGCUACGCUUCUGCGCGACUACCUCAUAAUAUCUCUACGGGCAUAUAAUGCACGUUUCCUUGGUGUUAAUCUUGAGACAAGGGUUGUCGCCAACCUCUGUAGAAAGAAUCCUAGUUGAUAUAUUUGCUUAAACUGUGGAUAUUCUCUAGUGUUUCUAGU